AGCGCAGGCAAUGCGGGGAAAAGGGCUGCCAGGCUCCUUUGCUUUCUUUGCCCAUGGGCAUUGAAGCGCGGGCAAAGGCCCCUGUUCCCUGCGCUCCCCCCCAACGAGCUCAUCCAGCUUCACGCACAUCUCAUCUAUUUGCUCAGCUCAGCUUGCCACCCCCUCGCUAUCCUCCUGGUGCCUUUCGAAUACGGGCACUAGGCUGCUCGGCCCAAUCGAAGCUCCAGACAAACCCGUUUCUCCGCCGCAAUGCCAUCAUGGAAGCCUGUUUUGGGUUCUUUGUUUACGUUACAAAGUGGCAUGAUGAGUUGCGGGGUACGGGCGAAUGUUUGCGCGCCCAGUCGUCACACUCAACCAUCGAGCCAUCUAUCUCCAGGCCCAUUGAUCCCAGCAUUUGGCCUCACCUGAGCAUGAGGUGAUGGAUUGUCGACGCUCGAUAAGCUAGAAAUUGGCCCUACCGACCAUCUCGCCCUGAUGUCUUUGAUAUUCGAUCCUCGAACCAUCGGCGAGCUGCGAAGUCCAGAAUGCGUGCCGUCAAUCGAUCAGCCUACUCGACGCGUUCGAAUCUUCGCAAAUCCUAUCAAUACUUAGCUGCCGCUUGCUUUACCUCCUUGGACUUCUUUCGCCUCUGUCUGUGAGCGUUUCCACUGAAAAAGUCGCGGUUGCGCACCUGGAGCAUCUACCGCACCAGCCGGCGAGCCGAUGUCUAAAAUAAAUGGCCACAGUCUGACGGGAAGCGGGUUUGAUGAUGGUUACUCUGACUUGUCUACUCCGAGAUACUAGUCAUUGUAAAGAUAUGUACUCUGUUGUCACACACAGUGAUAUCCCUCUCCUUAUUGACGAUAUCAGCCACAUUGGAUCUGGCGGCUACCUCGUCGUUAUCUCGAGAGUGCGUCAGACUGUGCCAAAUUUUUCUUCCAGAGGCUUGCCGAGUGGUGCAGACCCGUCGAAUCCACGUGUCACGGGCAUAAGCGAAGGCGAUGACUGUUGAUGCGAUGAUGCAGAAGUGGUCUGAUGGCUGCCAUGCAUAUCUCAAUCAUUUUCCAAAACAGGGCCAGAAUCUACGACAGGCAGCAGACUAGCCAAUGGGAUGGGAUGGCCAAAUUUCUCGGAUUUGUGCUCCCUUUUCGACCUCAAGGGCAUGUGCGCGCGACGCAGUUGGGCUCUUCAAAAUGCCGCAUCUUGUGAAAAGAUCGUCGAGCCCAAGACUCCCAAACCAAACCGUUCUUGCGAUUGCGCGAUUUCACUUUCUUGGUUCCUAACCGCAGUCACAAGGUUUGAAGAAGAAAGACGACGAAGAGCAGACCGCCCGAAUUCAGUACGCAGGGCUCAUGAGUUCGCGAGCGUCUACAGUGUGUGCUAUUGUUUCUCGGCAAAAAUGCCCUUGAAAUGUUGAGUCGAUGUGCGCAAGAGCUUCUUUCAUUACUCACUUGACGAUAGGGCUAGAGGCUUGCAGGGCGAGCUUCCAGCCACUAACUCGGUAGCCGGAACACGCUUUCCUCCGCGAAAACGCCUUUCUCGGAGCGCGGCGCGGCUCUUACUCUCCUACCUCGAGCCCCUCGGAAUCAAUUGCGGCGUCAAUAUCUGAGGAAUCUGGGAGAGAAGAGAUUCAAAGGCUGAAUGCUGGAUAUGAGGACGGUUACUGUCAAGAGCUAUGGAGCACAAGAUACAGAAAACACAAGUCCCGACCUGGCGGGUGCCAGCGAGCGAGCUGGAUGCGGCCUCCCUGCUUCUAAGCAAGAGACAGCACGGCGCAGCGAAGGAAUCCAGAGAGCCGGCCGAGUUGAUGAAAAGUCCCCGAAUUCCGUUGUCGCCGUGAUUGUUUAUAAGCAACUGCACUCAGGUGGGCGCUGUAUACAAAUCCAUCGGAUGUAGCCUUCGCCGGUCUGAUUAUCAUGUCGGGAACUUCUGUUGAGGCGUGGUCUAGGGGUUCAUUACCCUGAGAAGAGCCGAAAACACUUGCCUUGUUUACCUAACCCGCUUGGCAGGCCGCCCGGGUGGCCCCCUUGGGGCAUGCUAGGUGUCCUUUGAUGCCCCUCGAUGCCCCUCGAUGCCGCCUAUUGCCCAGUUACGAUGCCGCCCCGCGUGGCAGCUUCCACCACUGUUCGGGAAUGACCAGACCCAUUUCCCCGCUUCCACUCCCCACGGGACCAAUCCGCGUUGAUUUGCGAAUAUACAGAUCUACAGGGACAGGUGCACAAUCCGAUGGGUCUACAUGCCUUGUUCAAAUGCCGGCGUGUGUCCUGGGCUUUGGUUUAUAAAUUCCGACCCCGAUUUUCUGGCUGGCGACGUCCAAGCGUCACCACGAAGGACCUCAACCUCGUCAAUUCGUAGCCAUCUCAAUUCGCAACCCUAUCCAAUAAUGGCCAGCAAUGGUGCCAACGGCGCACACGCGCCAGUUCCCGCCUUCAACACCUCAUCGACCAUUCCGUUGUGGCUGGAUGGGAAGGAGGUCAAGCUCUCCUCGACCUUCGACGUGGUCUCUCCGCUCGACCAGAAGACCUUGUACAAAUGCUCCUCGGCUGACGAAGAGGAUGUCCACAAGGCCAUCGCGGCCGCCGAGAAGGCAUUCACCACAUGGUCCAAGACGAAGCCAAACUUCCGGCGCGACAUCUUCCUCCGGGCGGCCGACGAGUUCAAGAAUCGAAGAGACGAGCUGAAGCACUACAGCUACAGCGAGACGGGCGCCGCCGAGUCUAUGUUCGCCUUUGAGCACAACCUAGCCUACGAGGCCUGCAAGAGCGUUGCCGGCCUCAUCCAGGUCGCCUCGACCUCCACCAUGCCCGUGGUCGCCGAAGAGGGCGCCAAUGCCAUGCUGGUCAAGGAACCCUAUGGUGUCGUUCUGGGGAUUGCGCCGUGGAAUGCCCCCUAUGUCCUGGGUCUCCGUGCAUGCUUGCAACCUCUUGCCAUGGGCAACACAGUCAUCCUCAAGGGUCCUGAGGCUGCUCCAGCAACGUACUGGGCCAUCGCCUCCAUCCUCCACGCCGCAGGCCUGCCCGCGGGCUGCCUCAACACCAUCUACCACCGGCCGGCCGACGCGGCGAAAGUGACCUCGGCGCUGAUUUCUCACCCGGCCAUCAAGAAGAUCAACUUCACGGGCUCGACUGGCGUGGGUGCCAUCAUCGCCUCCCAGGCCGGGAAGUACCUCAAGCCGACGGUCAUGGAACUGGGCGGCAAGGCGCCGUCGAUCGUGUGCGACGACGCCAACAUCUCGACGGCGGCGCUGCAGUGUGCGCUGGGCGCGUUCCUCCACGCGGGCCAGAUCUGCAUGUCGACGGAGCGGAUCAUCGUGCACGAGAAGGUGGCGGACCAGUUCCGCGAGGCGCUCAAGCAGACGAUGGACCACGUCUUCGCCGAGGCGCCCGACGGCAUGGGCGUGCCGCAGCUGGUGACGUCGGCGCCGGUGCUGAAGAACAAGAAGCUGCUGGAGGACGCGCUGGCCAAGGGCGCGCGGGCCGUGUACGGCGACCCGCGGCACGCCGAGGCGUCGGCGACGCGCAUGCGGCCCGUGGUGAUCGAGAACGUCACGCCCACGAUGGACAUCUACCACACCGAGUCGUUCGGGCCGACCGUGUCGCUGUACGUGGUGCGCGACGACGCCGAGGCCCUCGCGCUCGCCAACGACACCGACUACGGCCUCGCCAGCGCCGUCUUCACCGAGGACCUGCGCCGCGGCCUGCGCCUGGCCCGCCAGAUCGAGAGCGGCGCCGUCCACAUCAACGGCAUGAGCGUCCACGACGAGCCCGCCCUGCCCCACGGCGGCGUUAAGAAGAGCGGCUUCGGCCGCUUCAACGGCGUCCCCGGCCUGGAGGAGUGGGUGAGGUCAAAGGUCAUCACCUGGAAGGAUUGAGCGGGGAUAUCUCUGCACGGUUUGUGGGGGAUAGGAAUAUCAUGGGGGUUGAUUCCCGGUGUGGGAGGCUUGGAAGGGUCGUCAAAUCCCAAAGAUUGCUCUAGGGUUCGGCCCGUUAUGUCGACCGUUCGGCUAUACGUAGGUAGGGAAAAGCGGGCUUGAAUGAGGUGUUGUAACUACCAAGUCUGGGGUGGGUGGCGCCAUAUGUAACUGUGAAUGAUGGCUUCUCCUUUAUCCGUGUCUGCGCAAACCGCAGGAUCUACCUAUUAGGCAGCACGAUAACCUUCUUUCCUCUCAGC